UUCUUCAGGUCUUUAAAAGUAAAUGCGGCGAAUAUCAAUUAAAAAGUGUUUUUCUUGCUAUUAUAGACUGUAUCAAGGCACAUGAUUAUCUACAUAAAUCAAAGUUGUAUCAUGCAAUAAUAACCAAUAAGCAUGACAAUGUCUAAUUAAAAGUGAUUUUUUCCCACAAUUUCGAGAAAACGUCUUAAUAAUCUCAGCGCCGCCGAAGACUGCAAAAUGAGCAUUAAAGACACGAGAUACUCAAAGUCGACCACGCCGAGGUCUUACAACCAAGGAGUCUUUGGUGCAACAGACACCGAGCGAAAGACUUUUCACAUCGGGCACCAUGAUGGCAAAGGGAGAAAUCCACAAUUGCCGAUUGCGAUAGACAGAUCGUACGAUUACGAACGUGGUGAAAGAUUUACCAUCGACAGAGAUAGAGGAUCGCAAAGAUCAAGAGGAUCUAUCAGAUCUCGUGGGUCUUACAGCAGUUCAACUCAUGGUUCCGAAAAACCAUUACAGGAAAAGGUUAAAGAUUGCUGUCGCAUGACAAUCGCUUUCAUUUUCAGCAAUGUUGGAGUUUGUGCAAUGUUUGUCGGUUACACUAUCAUGGGUUCUUUCAUUUUUCAGGUAAUCGAGCGAAACGACGACGCGUUCAAAGAUAUAUCUGUAGAGGCAGAGCGUAACAGAACAAUAGCCUACCUCUGGAACAUCACACAUCACUUCAACAUCAACAACUACAGAGGCUGGAACGACAGUACUGCGGUCGGUGUCUCGAGCUACCAGAAAUAUGUUAUCGAUGCCAUAACAAGAGGAUAUAACGGCAACGAUAACGCUACUUCGUACGAUCCCUGGUCGUUUGAAGGGGGGUUUCUUUACUCAUUAACUGUCAUCACUACUAUUGGUUACGGUCACAUCGUACCCAAAACCACGAACGGCAAGAUCAUGACGAUCGUGUACACGAUAUUCGGCAUGCCGGUCUUCCUGCUCUACAUGGCCAACAUCGGCGACAUACUCGCUAAGGGCCUCAAGUGGACAUACGCGAAGAUCUGCAUUUGUAGGCACGCUCGGGACGAACAGCGCUAUCAGCCCAGCGCGGUCUGGCGGUCUGCAGCUACAAUGUUCAGCAGUCCAGUGGACCCACGGUACCCAGCAGUUCUGGAGAACGGGGGCGGGGAGGGGUUCGAGCUGGACCCUGGCCAGAGGAGGGUUCUGCACACCCCCGACCAGAUCUCCAUCGGAUCGGAGUCGUGGAGAUCGGUACCUUCAGAGAAGACGGAUCUCAGCUCUGUCAACAUCCCUAUCACGAUCUCACUGGUGAUUUUAUUCGCGCUUCUCUACGGCGGUACGGAACUUUUCCAAAGUUUCGAAGACUGGGAUCCUCUAACUUCAUUUUACUUUUGCUUCAUCUCUCUCACGACCAUCGGUUUCGGUGACAUAGUACCGGGAACUUCAGUAUCUGCUGACAACAGAAUAAAUUUCAUUUACUGUGCCUUGUAUUUGAUGUUUGGGUUAGCUUUACUCAGUAUGUGUUUCAAUCUCAUGCAGGAAGAAGUUGUUCAUAAAGUCACGACUUGCGUCCGGUCCGUCACUUUCUUCAAGAGAAGAAAGGAGUUAAAUUGAAGGCAAUUAAAUCUAAUAGAGAAUGAUAGAAUGCAAGGAUUAAUUCAUAUCUUUCAUUGGGAAUUGUUUCGCGAGAAAUGUGAUAAUAUUAAAUAGAAUAGACAAGGCAUUAUUGUGCAUUUUUUAAUACAUAUUAGCAUGUUAGCUCGCGUGGCCCGGAUUCGAUUAUCCCAGCAUUGUUAGAUCCCAUUAUGCAGAAUCCCGCUUAUGAUAAUAAAUGUAUAGCCACUAAUUGAAAAAAUAUAACU